UUCUGUGUACAAAGCAGGGAGAGGCAGAUAUGGCAGCGGGAGGUCUCAGCCAGGGCCCGUGUGAGGAAAAACUUUGCUCUGUUUGUAAUGGGUACCGCGCAGACCCCGUGAUCCUAGACUGCGGGCACCGAUUCUGCCAAGCCUGUCUCGCCAAAGGUUCCUGCCUGCAAUGUGGGGAAACAAGUCAGGAAUGUAACCUCCAAUCAGACCAGGAACUCGCACAGAACAUCGGCCAAGAGCAACAUGUUGCUGAAGAGUCCAAGGAAAGCAAGCUGCAAGAGGUGUCAUCCACCAUGGCUGUAGCCACUGUAAUUAUGGAUCUAAUACAAGAUAUUAUCUGUCCUAUUUGUCAAGAGCUGCCAACAGAUCUUGUGACUUUGGCCUGUGACCACACUUUUUGUCGGUGCUGCAUCAAUGGUCUUUAUGAAACGCAUGAAAAACUGUGUGAAGAAAUGGGCAAAUUAAAAUGUCCUGUCUGCAAAGCCAAGAUCCAGAAAGGAGAUCACCGGCCCAACUGGAUGCUGGCAAACAUAGUACAAAAAAUAAAACGCAACAAGUCAAUCCUUGUGACAAGGGCGCUAUGCAAGAAGCACAACGAAAACCUCCAUCUCUUCUGCAAAGAUGAUGCAGAAUUGUUGUGUGUGUUUUGUGAACAUUCCCCUGAACACAAAGGACACUCUGUGCAUCUCCAGGAAGAGGCUGCCCAGGAAUACAAGAAAACAAUUCAGGACCAGCUGCUACUGCAGAAAGAGAGCGCGAAGGUUAUGAUUCAAAAACUGGAAGAGCAGAAAACAGUGAAGUGCCUGAUACAGUUAGGAGUAGAGAAACAAAAGGUCAAGUCUAUUUUUGAGCAAAUGCACGAUUUUCUUAAUGAAAAGGAGGGCCAUUGCCUGACCGAGCUGUGUGAUCUAGAGAAAGAAAUGGAGAUGGAACAAGAAGAAAGUGUCACCCAGCUAUCCAGGGAGAUCGCCAAACUCAAUGACCUGAUCUCAGAGAUGGAAGCAAAGUUGGGGCAGCCCCCAGAUGAAUUCCUCCAGGACAUUAAAAGCACCUUGAGUAGGAGUGGAAGGAAACCGGAGCAUGUAGAGGAUGUUUUUCCCAAGCUGGAGGAGAGACUCUGUAUUUACUCUCAGAAAACAUCUGCUGUGAAAGAGAUUAUGGAAGAAUGUAAAGAAUCUCUGGAACGAGAACUGAGCAAAGUGAGUGUGACUUUGGAUCCUGAGACGGCAUACCAAUACCUAGUUGUCUCUGAGGACCUGAAGAGUGUGAGAUAUGGAGAGAGGAAACUGGACCUGCUCAGGAGCCGUGAGAGAUUCUACCUGGAUCCUUGUGUACUCGGCCGCGAGAGAUUCAUGGCAGGCAGACACUGGUGGGAGGUGGAGGUGAGGGUGGAGGUACAAGAGGAAGAAGAGACGGAGUGGGCCGUAGGGGUUGUACGAGAGUCUUUCAAGCAAACCAGUUGGAACAGUCUUACUCCUCCCACUGCAGGGGUCUGGGCUGUGGGAAAGGAGAGGAAGUCUGCCUAUGGCUCCUUGGAUGAAUCAUUUCCACCAUGUUUCCUUUGGGCUUUUACUUCCCCAGAGUGGACCUGUUUGGCCAGGAAUCUUCUGCCCAGGAAGAUCCAAGUGUCCCUGGACUAUGAAAAGGGCUACGUGGAGUUUUUUGAUACUGACGGUGACAACCCAAUCUUCUGUUUCUCUUCAGCUUCUUUUUCCGGAGAGGGGAUUAGGCCUUAUUUCUAUGUGGGUUACGGUGUUUGCCUGAAGUGCUAACUUUGGAGAAAUCCACCCUUCAGGUGGGGUGGGGUUAACUGUGAAAAGGCCGUUUUGCUUCUUGGACUCCAUCUUGGGGCGGUUUGUUUGAGCAAGCUGAGGAGACUGGCCGCCAUCUGAUCGGAUUGGUGCUGGGCAGUUCUGCCCUCAAGACCAGCUGAGUGGCCGCAAGUAAGUCUCAGCUCGGAGGACUGUGGGAACAUAUCCUCUGCCAAGGAUAGCAAGAGGGUGGGCUCACUAAAGGAAACCUGCCCAGCUACCAUGCAGGGAUGCUACAAGCCUCCCCAAGGGAUUUGCCUGUUGUCUCAGCCAUGCAAGAAAGAACUGGCAGGAUGUUUCCCCAAGGAGGGCCUGGGCGCCAUGCUGAGCAGCCAGGGCUAGUUUUCAUCAUUUUUUGUGCUAAAGGAGCCUGUAUAAGCCAGUUUGUAUUCCUUGCCUAACUCCCUUUCCCCCUUCCCUCUUUUAAUAUUUUCACUCUUUUUAAUAAAUGUCUUAUGUACCCCAAUUGA